UACUAAUGGCUGAUUCUGCUGUGGUGUUAAUUUGUAUUUAAAACCCAGACUUUAUAAAUAUUACUGUGACACAUGUGUACUAAAACUUUAUACAAUUUGGAACAAUUGAAAAAGUAAAAAGAGUAAUUUAUAAAAUUAGAUAUUAAUCUUUGAACGAAACAAACCAAUUUGGAAAGCAUUAGUAUAGUUUGAUAGUCAUAAAUCAGCAGAGAAUGCAUUGUAAUUAAAUAAUACAAUAAUGCAUGGUCUUUCAAUUUUGGUGUAUGAAUCAAAUCGUAAAGGAAUUGAAUUUUAAGCUCGCAAUUAAUAUGCUAAAUGUAUUUGAUUUGUAUUUAAUAAGAGAUUAUAUUGCUCAAUAAACAUAAGGUAUAAUCCAUUCUGCAGAACUGCCACGAAAUGAUUAGUUUAGUAAAUGGUUACCACAUUCACAAAUACUACCUAAAUCUUAAACAGGAAUGCCUCCUUUACCUAGUUAAUUUGCAGAAACUUUGAAUUUUGAUAAAGUUGAUGGAAAUUCUUAAUAUGAUUCAGAGGAAGAAGUGACAGAUGAUAAAUAGGAGGAUUUGUAAUAAUUUAUAUGAUUAAUAACCCCCUACAGUUCCUAACAAUUUGUUAAUACUAUCGAUAACAAUUUGACUUAGCUUUUGAAAUUCUCUGAUGGACAUCGGAUUUUUACAUCUUAGUAACUUCCAAGUAAUUAAUAAGUAGAAAAAUAAAUAUUUUAAUCUGAGAUAUUGCCUCAAAGUUUUAUUAUUUAUAAUCUUAGAAAAACUUAUUACUAAAGUGCUUUAUGCAAAUUGGUUUGAUCCAAACCAAACAACCAUGUCAAUGAUUUAUAACAUUUUUAGUACUUUUGGAAAUAUACAAAAAAUGAUAUUUUUUAAGACUAAAUGUAAUGUUUUAAUAGAGUAUUCAACUGAAGUAAGCGUUAAAUUUUUGUUAACAAAUUUUAAUGAAGGAAAUCCAACACUAUUUGGAUAAAAACUAAAAGUAAACAUCUUUCUAAAAUUUUAGGUAUAUCCAUCAAAUUAUGAAUUCAUAUUCUUUAGAAACUGUGAGGAAGGAUAAUUACCAAAAAAUACUGAAGAAGAAGAAUUCUAUAUGGGUAAUGAAGCCUCGUUUAGAUAUAAAGAUAACAAUUUUAAAUAUUUAGUGGCACCAUCUUAAUAAAUAAUGUUGACAAAUUUGAAAAAAGAAUUUUGUGAAGAAGGAAUAAUAUAUAAUACAUUUUCAAAGUUUGGUGCAAUUGAAAAGAUUAAGUAUUAUAAAUAAAAUAUAUAAAACUAGAAUAUUUUGUGAAGAGAAGAAUAAAAAUAAAUGUCUAAUUAGAUAUUAAGAUAUGGAAUCUGCAAUUUAAGCAAUGGCAAUAAUGCAUAAUUAUGAUUUUAAUAAGAGAAAAAUUUAGAUUUUUUUUUCAAAAAAUAAAUCAUGA